AUGCCUACCAUUGCAUGCCCCUAUGUCCUCCCUCUCCUCCUCCCUCAUCACUCCGAGUCGUCCCUUUCCUUGCCUUCCCCCGUCAUAUAUGCGUAUGAUGGCGAACUAACAGCUUCUUUGCGUGCUCCGCGCUCGUAUCGCAGCUUCCGGUGGUCUGUAUUACGCUGCUACCGUCCUCACACCGGAAGGUUGGGGCCCGCUGGCUUCGUGAAUGACUGGCUGGUCAAUUGGAUCGGUCAGGUCACGGGCGCCCGUCGGUCGAUUAUGGAUGUGCUUCUUUCUGGCCCCUGGCGUACUAAACCUGACCACCCCACCCCUCCCCAUCCAGCCUCGCCGCAGCCUCAGUCUAAGACCCCUCCUACGUCUCCACAAACCACCAAACCUUCCUCCUCACCGUCUCCCUCCUCCUCAUCCACGGUGCCAUCUCCUCCCUCAGCACGAGACAUAUAG